AUGGCGUGGCCGACAGGCGCUGCUGCCUCGCGUGGACGCGCGGAUGGGCGCAGAGCUUGCCGUUGGGCGAAUGCGUGGGCUGCUGCAUGCGCGGUGCGGGCGGAGCCAGCCCAGCGCGCGGUGGUGAUGGUGAGGAGGCUCGCGGCGGCGAGGGCCGCGGCAGAGACGAAGCCGCGCCCGAGGAGGGCGGCGAUGAAGGCUGCGGCGGCGAGGGCCGCGGCGGAGACGAAGCCGCGCCCGAGGAGGGUGAUGAUGAAGGCUGCGGCGGUGAAGCCAUGCCCGGAGAGGGAGGCGGCGAUGCCGGCGGUGUUGAAGGCCGCGGCGGUGACGAUGAUGAGGAAGGGUCCCGAGCUGGAGCCGGCCUUGAUCAAUAGAGGAAGUGGCUGUUUGGCCAGCAGGCACGUACGUGGGCAGCUGGAUGCUGCAUGGAGGAUGGCCGCACCUGGGCGAGCCGGCCACGGAGCUCCCGACCCGGGCGAUGGAGCGAUCGCUGCUCCAGGCGACCGCAUGCCCCAGCCGGACCUGGAGCGAACAAGCAGGCCAGGGCCUCGCAGGAGCUGUGGAAGCCGGAUGGGCCGUGGGGAGCCGGGAGUCGGCCCAGCCGCGGGGAGCCAGGAGUCGGCCCGGCCGCGGGCCGAGGCCGGAAGCUCGCCCCAGAAGGGCUCCAGCCGGAAGCCGGCCCAGGUGCGGAAGGGCGAGUCGGCCCAGGAGGGGCGCACCCGGACGGGCCGCGGGGCGCACAGCCGGAAGCCGGCCCAGGCCCCGUCUCUCCUUCUUUUAUCUUCUUUUCUUCAUAUCUUUUGA